GGUUAGAUGGUCACACGGUUCCGUUUGUUUGCAGAGACAGUUUCAUUUCCUUUUAAAUUAAAGAACAAAACCGUAACACAACAAUUACUCAAUACGAAAUAUAUAUAAAUUAGAGAACUUUUAUGUAUGAAAAGUGGUAAUCGUUUUCUUCGUUAACAUUUUACGUGUUGUUCAUCACAGUAUAUUAAAGAAAAAUGUAUUCCUUCUCAGUUAAUAAGAUCAUUCGAAAAGCAAAUAUUCACGUAAUUACUUUCUCAGUGUUAUUAUUCCAAAUGUGCUUGGGGAGUAACGUGACUUUCAGAGAAUAUUAUGGGACUCGUAUUCACCCUUCUGAAACUGGCAUUCCAGAAGCUGACAAAUUGAAUAAGAUGUCAAACAUCCGAUCACAAAUUGAGUGCUUUUCUUUCUGUAUGGCAAAUUCCGAAUGUGGUAUGACUAUUUACAGCAAUUCCGAUAAAGUAUGUAUCCUACGUAAAAUCAAGCAACUACCUAGUAGCACGUCAUUCAUUGACAUUCCUGCAAACAGUAUUUACACCAUGCUUCAAGCCCCUGAAUGUCCAACGUCAGCCGGCUACACUUAUUCACCAGAAUUUAGAUUAUGUUUUCAAAUAAGUUCAGAAAAAGCAUCAUGGAAUCACGCGGCAGACAUUUGCAAUGAGGACCGAGGACAACUUAUUCACAUGAAAAAUAUAGAAAUAAUGUACUAUAUACAAGACAAAUUGAAUCAGUGGUCCGACGUGAAUUUUUAUUUUGGAUUAUCAAAAGAUAUUAAUAAGAACGUCUUUGUAUGGCAGAAUGGAGAAGUACCUACGUUUGAUUUCUGGAUGGAGGAUAGACCUGACAACCAUGGGGGCAAUCAGGACUGUGGACUUUUAGAUAAAAGAAGUAAUCACAGCUGGAAUGAUGAACUUUGUAACUUGGCGACCGGUGAGAGAUAUAUAUGCGAGAUAGUCGUGCGAUAAAUGUGUAGCUGAAAAAACCGUAACGCACACGUGCACACACAGACACACACACACACAUAUACAUAUACAUACUCUUAUAUAUUUAUGUGUGUGUGUAUGUAUACAUGUAUAUAUGUCUGUGUGUAUAUAUGUGUAUAUAUGUAUAUAUAUAUGUAUACAUAUAUAGAUAUAUAUAGAGAGAGAGAAAGAGAGUUAAAGAGAGACAGUCAGACAGAAACAGCGAAAGUGAGAGAGACAGAUAGACAGACAGACAGACAGUGACAGAGAGUGAAAGAGAGAGAGAGAGAGAGAGAGAGAGAGAGAGAGAGAGAGAGAGAGAGAGAGAGAGAGAGAGAGAGAGAGAGAGAGAAAGAGAGAGAGAGAGAGAGAGAAAGAGAGAGAGAGAGAAAGUGUGUGUUAAAGUAGAUAGGUAAAGCAAACAAUUUGGCUAGACUUGACGAGGAUACUUAAAUUAUAUACUAAAAGGUUUGGAUCAUCCUGACGAAAAUUCUUCGUAUCUUAUAUAUAGAUAUAUAUAUGUGUGUG